AUGGAUAGCCAUGAUUGGGAGAAGCUAGAGAAAACAGUUCGUGAUAUUCGUGAAAACACAGUCACCGCGCGUUCGAGGGCCACCUACCAGAACUCAUACUGCCGCUUCCUCGCUUGGAUUAUCCGCAACAAGCCGCAUCUCGUGCCCAAGCCCUUCCUCGAUGGCCUCGGUGACAUAUCAGAGUGCACGUUGCAGCAGCUGCGCUCUCGUGUCAAAGAUCUCGUUACGCAAAGACGCACUGUCAUCCCGCUAGAGUUUGAGGCCUUAGAUGCAGCUGAUUUUGUCACAUGGCUUGUGACGCUCGAGCGAAAGGAUGGCUGUGCUCUAAGCUACUCUGCCCUAAACACUCACAGGGCGGGGUUGUUUAACUUGUUUCGACUCAAGCAUAAACUUGCCAAGGACGCAGCGAACGGCGAGAGCUCUGUCAAGACUGGUAAGGACCCACUCAUGUUUGAUCUGAGAUGGCAUUUGCUCACGCGUACAUGGUGA